ACCCAUCUCCCUAUGCCUUCUUCACUUGCCGACUUCUCUUACAACAAACAAACCCAAUUGUCGUCUCGAUACUGCCACCUGGUACACCUUUCCUUCCCCCGGCCUUCUCCAAUCCAACCGCAAGCAUGGAAGCACUACACCCGUCCCGCGAAUCAAUGGAGCUCGCGGAGCCACCGAAGCCUUCUCCGUUCUUGGCACUCCCGGGCGAGAUUCGAAACUCCAUCUACGAUUACGCGGCCGACUGGAACGACGUUGGACGAACCAUUGAACGCAUCCAUCGUCAGGUACAGCAGAAACUCAACCAUCGGACCCCCAAAGGUCCCGCCAUCUACGACAAGGAAGUGUGGGAUGCCGUCGUUGCCCAGGCGUCGCCAAAGCGGACUCCAACCAUCUUCUUGCUGAACCGUCGGACUUAUGCCGAAGCACGUGCUCGACUGGAGAAGAAGCCAUUGCUGUUGCCUGCCUUGCUGCCCAGGUGUGUCGUUCUCCUGUGGAGGAGCAAUCGUCGUGGGAACGGCCAGGACUAUCAGAAUACAAAAUGGUGCCUCGAGAAUCUGAUCUCGACCGCGACGCUGCAGUCCGUUCCUGAUCUUACCGUCACGGUACAGCCGUUCAUCGACUUUUUGAUUCCGUCGGGAUAUCUGCCAUGGCCGGAGCGGUCAUGGCACUGGCCACUCGCUCCGUUCAGCAACAUCAAUGAGGACAAUCUGCUGGCGUGGGAGACCAGACACUUGACAGUCGUGUUCCCAAGAGCGUAUCCGGUCAACUACUUGCAGAGCACUAUUCGUGAGAUCGAGCGAACUCUUCUCCCUUCAGCCCGGCUCACGAUAUGCCUCUCUCUCCCCGACACAACCGGAUGGUCAAUCCUGCCACGGUCUUCAAUCCCGAUCAAUUCCCGUUCACACUCCCACCUAGGCCUCCCCUCGAGCGCCCAAAAGCGUGCCCUCGCAAUGCCACCGCCAGUCCCCCGACCCUACGUCUCCCCCCUCCGCAUCGCCCUCACAACGGCCGCAUUCUACCUCCUCCCCCUCGUCCUAGUCGCCGCCCUCACCGCCAUCCUCCCACCCUCAAUCCGCAGCUCGCUCUCCCCCAGUCUGCAAACCUGGUCCCUCGCCUUCACCGCACGCAUCUCCUUCCGCCUCUUCCUCUACGACCUCAUGACCACCUUUGACAUCCUCCUCUCGCCGCACCCGCACCCGCACGCCCCGCUCUGGUCCUGGUCCGCCCUGACCCGCGCCCAGCUCAGCCCGCUGUACUAUCCCCUGCUGUACGCCUCCCAACUCGUCCGCCCGUUCCGCGUCAGUCCCGUGAGCAAGAUGGCCCUGGGCGUGGUGUUUUUGUACGGUGGUACCUGGCACACGCCGGGGGAUUGGCAGCAGGGUGUGGCGUUUGUGAGUGGCGGGUGGACGUUUUGGGCGUGUACGCUGGCGAGCUUUGGAUGGCGCUAUUGGCAGGAGAGUGUGCUGGACUUGGGCGCGUUCUUUCCGGGGAGGAGGCUGUGGAUUGGGAUUUGACCUGAUGCGGGGGGGGAUGCAUCACUGUAGAAGAAUGGGAACGAGAGCGUGGAGAUGGGAAGGGAGAUGGACAUGUACAUGUAUAUGUAGCCGACCUAUCGUGCACAGC